AAAAGGGUUUUCAAUGAUAACAAUGAUAGUCGUGAAUAAAAAUUGUAUGGAAAGUUCAUGAUUGUGAUACUCUAACAAUGGUUCAGAGAUAUUCGUGAUCCUAGAUGACAUUAUGAUCCUUAUAUAAGGUAGUGAUAUUUGGGUCUCAACAAUCAACUCAACCAUCGGUCGGGACAUUGACACAUAACAAUAAAACUUCAGAACUGAGAGUGAAGCCGGAUAAAAAAGGAUAAUGUUGAUGACAGCGAAUCUGUUGUUCAUGAUGGCUGCCCUAGCGAAUGGGAUGUACCUUCCACCCCACGUGACUUCUAAACGAGCGACCACCAUAACCUUUACAGAGUGCGACGUGCUUGAUGACACAAAGGAGUUUGUUGCCUCAUACAAACGCAUGGAGAUCCCCGAUAUGAUCCUUGUUGCGAACAAGUUGCGUGGAGAUAUGUCAGCAGUGGGAAUCCAACAGAAAUCAGUGGACAUUGUGAAACAAAUAAUUAAAUAUUCGGUCGGUUUAACUAGAGCAAUUGGGGAUGUUCAUCUUUUCCUAGAAUCACACCUCAUGUAUUAUUUCUAUUUUUAUCCGUCUGCUUCUGAUAAAUUUGAUGAUUAUAUACACUAUGUAUAUGAAGUCUUUGGUACAAUGACAACUAUGACACCAACUCAUGGCACAAACGUAAAAAUGAGUGCACUUUCCUCAAGAGUAUUUGGACAAAUACAACGAAAAGCAAACUUAUUCAGAGGAGAACUAAAUAAGGCACGCAGAAGUAGUACCGUAUCAGCAGAAAAUAAGAAAAUUGUGAACUUAGCAGGGGAGGAGUUGUAUUCUAUGACCAAAAAGGUAUAUGCAGUCAGAAAUAACGUGAAUAACAUAAAUAGACAGAUCAGGCUUUUGGCGAACGAGGCAAGAAAGAGUUCAAUGCAACCAAGAACUUGUGCAAGCAGUCAGUGUAAUUGUGGAACGAGGGGAAGGUGCAUCAAUAUUGCGAAUAUAUACAAUUACUGUAGUUGUGAUUUAGGCUACUCUGGCAGUGACUGCAGUGUCAGAGCAGAUGAUAGAAGUGCCUAUCAAAUGUGCAAAGCAUAUGGCGAAGUUCACUAUCGAUCGUUAGAUGGAGCUCAUUUUGAUUUCCAAGGUAAUUGUCAUUACCUUCUUCUUUCACAUGGAUUCCAACUAACGGACCCACCUCAGAAGACUGUCGUGUACGAAGUGUUCCAGAAGAAUUGGAUUAAACCAGGAGGAAACCAAGUUGCCUGGCCAAAAAUUACAUAUAUCCAUUUGAAUGCGGGUAACGACAUAUUUGAAAUCGGACAGAGGCUGCAAAAUGGAGAGCCAGACGUAAAGAGAAACAAUCGGGCAUUAUCAAAAGAGGAAAGGGAUGCGGGUAUAGAACUGGAUUACUUGAAAGAACCCGUAUUAAUUGUUGACGACGGUCGUUUUACAACAAUAAACAUUCAGACUUAUGGUGUAAAAAUUGUCUUUGAUGGUGACUGGGACUCGUACGUGUACGUUUUGAAGGAAUUUGGAACAAAUGAAUUGGCAUUCUUCGAUGGGAUGUGUGGAAAUUUUGAUGGCCAAGCAGAUAACGACUACACGGCUAAGGGAAGUACUAAAGUACUCAAGGCAGAGGACAAUUACGGGAGAACAAUAGGCAAUUCCUAUCAAGUAGAAUAUGACAGUAUAUCAAGUUCUAAAGGGUGUGCCCCAACAACGUUACCUGAUAUGCCGAAACUGACGGAUUUAAAGAAAGUAAAGUUGACAGAGGUAUAUUGCAGGAUAGCUGAUUGUGGAGGCGAUGAUAGUUCGUCUGAAUGGCGGGCAUGUGUUGCUGAUACGUAUUUCUCUGUAUCAGAGAAGGCCAAAUGUGAUCUGCUGAAAAGAGAGAUCCAUGCCAAAUCUGAUUGCAGUGAUACCCCAUUUAACUGUACAGAAGUGAUACAUAAAGCCCACAGAGAACUUGGUCUUCACAUAUUUAACUAGAUUUGACAUAAUAUUGUGAUCUCAGUUUAGUUUGUCAAAGCAAAAUACACUGAUUAUAAUUAAUUGA